GGAACGGGGGCGUGGCGUGACCCGCGCGGCGCGAUUUAUACCCGCCGUCCCCUGCCCGUCGCUCGCUGCUCUUCGCUCUAGCUUGCUUCCGUGCUGAUCUUUACUAGUUGCCUGGUGUCGAGCUGAAGCCCCGGAUUACGGGAGGCCUGAGAGCUUCUCGAGGAGCGAGAGGGAGGGCGGGCAUGAGGAUCCAGUGCGACGCGUGCGAGGGCGCGGCGGCCACGGUGGUGUGCUGCGCGGACGAGGCGGCGCUGUGCGCGCGCUGCGACGUCGAGAUCCACGCCGCCAACAAGCUCGCCAGCAAGCACCAGCGCCUCCCGCUCGGCGGGACCCCCGGGGACGUCCCGCGCUGCGACGUCUGCCAGGAGAAGCCGGCCUUCAUCUUCUGCGUCGAGGACAGGGCGCUCUUCUGCCGCGACUGCGACGAGCCCAUCCACGUCCCCGGCACGCUCUCGGGGAACCACCAGCGCUACCUCGCCACCGGCAUCCGCGUCGGCUUCAGCUCCGUCUGCGGCGCCGGCGCCGGCGCCGACGUUCCCCCGCCGCCCAGGGGCUGCUCCAAGCCCGCGGCUGCCGCCAAGGCGCCUGCCAGUAAGCCCGCGCAGCCGCAGGAGGUGCCGUCGUCGCCGUUCCUGCCGCCGUCCGGAUGGGCCGUCGAGGACCUCCUGCAGCUCUCCAACUACGAAUCCAGCGACAAGAAGGACUCGCCUCUCGAGUUCAAGGAGCUGGAGUGGUUCGCGGACAUCGACCUGUUCCACGGCCACGCGCCGGCCAAAGCCACGACGGCCGAGGUCCCCGAGCUCCUCGCCUCGCCGCAGCCGGCGAGCAGCGCGGGGUUCUACAAGACGAGCGGUGCGCGCCAGAGCAAGAAGCCGCGGGUGGAGCUGCCCGACGACGAGGACUUCUUCAUCGUUCCUGAUCUUGGCUGAGAUGUCAAGUCUUCGCAUGGUUCCCCUGUCAUGUGAUGUGUAUGUAUGCAAAGUAUGUGUAUAUGCCAUCAUGAGAUGCACUGAUCGCCUACGCUGGGCUUAUGUAAUUAUAAGGCAGUUUGGGGCCAGUACUUUCAGCCUGAGAAUUGAGAUGGGUUUGAUGUAUGAGAUGAACUCACUUGGUGCAGAUGUUCUUCUGUUCGAGUACGAUUC